UUUAAAAAAAAGCACAAUCAAUUAAGAUACAGUUUAUGUGGUGUAACAUUUUUAAUAUAUAUUCGUCGGCAUAAUGUUACAAAACAUGCAAUAUAUACUUACACUGUAACAGAAAAAAAUGGUUAUUUACGUCUGAUGUAAUGACUUGGAAAAGAUGACCUCAUUCCUUGAUUGUACUUCCUUUGCGCAUUAGAAAAAGUGAUAAGAUUUUGCAAAAAAGAUAACUGGUUUAUUGGGUCAUUAAAUGCAGUCCAUUAGAUUGUAACAAUAUGUAAUCAUAACAUUAAGCGGAAGAAAAACCGUUCGUCGAUGUAUGCAAUUAUAUGCUGAAAAAACGUUGAUUCGCGGAAAAUGUGUGAUAAUAAUAUAAUAGACGCUUAGAAAAACAAUCAUUAGAUCAACGAUCAAGGUGAAGCUCUUUAAUUGUAUAUGUCGCUAGAUAACAUUUGUCGCGAAAACAGUUCGAACCAGUUCUUUGAGCGAGCAAUAUUGUGCAGCAAGCGUUCUCAUGGAAUAAGCUCCUUCAAAGAGCGAGGAAAUAUUAAAUUUCACCGACGAAGCAAAAGUGUCGUCGAAUUCCUCUCGAGUGGCACGCGUUCUUGCGUAAAUCACAAGGAGCUACCGUCAAAGUAUGUUACCGAUUUAAUGAUGUUCAUUCGUCGGUUUGGUUGAAUAUUCAACGGAGAAUUUGAUUAAAAAAGAAAAGAGUCAAUGCUGUGAUUAAAGAAGAGCAUUAUAAGAAGAUCGUGGUUCGAAAGAGUGAACAAUUCUUUUAUCGUUAUACCGUUCGAGGGAUAAGUGAUAAGAGCGUAAUCCUGGGUGAGUUACUCAUUAUACUCCCACACAACACUCCCACUUCGUUUAACUAUAGUAUCUCUAAACAUAAAAAUUAACAUUACUUGUGACGUCUUAAUUUAUAAAACCCCAUUUAGAAAACACAUGCAAUAUGGUCACGCUCGCCUUUCUCGAUAUCGUGUAAGCUUUGCGGUGAAUUAAGCUCCUUAAUAGAGUAUUGAUUUGCAAUAAAAAAGAAUAGGUGCUUUUAAUAAAUUUAAUCGGAGCGGGAGAAACGGCUCGCGAGCUUUAUCGGUCGACCGCUAGGUAGCGGGAUAACCUUGAUGGCCAGUUUUGUUUAGAUUUCUGAAGUGGAGUUACGGUGCUUUAAUCACACACACAUACACACACGUGCACGCGCGCGCACACACAAAUCUAAGUCACAAGCAUUUCUCGAGCUACGGAUUUGACAAUAAUUUUCGAAUUAAGCUGGAAACAGCGUUUGAACAAAACAUCUGUUGACAGUUGCAAAAUAUGAACACAAACUAGUGUAUAGUAUUCCUAGUUUGUGUAUAUAUAUAUAUACAUAUAAGAUAUAAAUGAGAAUAACGUUUCAAAGAGAAUGAGCUUAGAAAAUUUUAUUUCUAAUUUACAUCACGAUAUAUAAAAAUAUGUAGCAUCUGAAUAGCACUACUAGGAGACUAAUACAGAAAAUUCUUGGAGUAGUCCCCAGCUGUAGCUAUAAACACGAUCCUACUCCUACAACGGUAUCUGUAGACACAACGUACGCACAGACACACACGCACACCGAGUGAACAUCUCUGGACUACUCUGGAGACCUCCGCGUGAAGGAACCAAUAAGCGAUUUGCCAGUCUAAUCGUUCCAACGUCAUUGCAUAACUCGCGUUGCUUUUUAAACCAAUUAUUUAAUGCGCUGCGUGCAAUGAUUUUGCACUUGGAGGCGUUUACCGAUCGAUGUCACGCGUGUGUGGUGACGCCGACCGAAAAUGCCUACGGGCGCAAUAACGCCGGCGAGUUCUGCGAAUUGGAUGUACGUCAGAACUAACCUAAAGAAAAAAAGCCUACAUCGUUGCGCGGUUCUAACGAGGAAAACACAUUUGUCCUAAAUAAGUAUGAACCAUAGUUCGACACGUCGUUUCAUCGAACCUCGGCAUCGAUAUGUUCGACGUUGUCGCUAUCUUUCCGCGACGUCCGUGAUAAUUCACGUAUAGGUUAACCAUCGAUAGGCGUCCAUCGACCGUUUACAAUCUGUCACUUCGGCUCGACAUUUUGUAAAUGGUAAUACAAUUGUAUAAAUUGAAAUGUAAAUGUGAAGUUACUACGGAUGUAGCACUCGUAUUGCCAUGUAUUUUAUAAUGAUCGGACCUCCCGAAACGUUCCUGUGGCUAGCGAAUAAGGAAUCAUUCGUAUUCGAAGCAAACUUUAGGAAUGAAGUGAAUUCCAUUUUAGAAUAAUUUUCCAUUUAUACACGUAUAUAUGCAAAAUUGAACAAACGCGAACUUCAUUUUCAUGCAUUUAUGAUUAAAUGCAUAUGUUCUAAGCGUGAGAAAUAAUGUGUAGGUUUAAUGUAUAUUUGUGUAUAACCUGAUUGCAUUAAAAAUGCAAGCCAAGAAACGCUAUUUAUUAUUAUUUGUAACGUGCGCGUUUCUUGGUUACUGUUACUUCGGCGGUUACCGAUUAAAAAGUGAAAAGUGGCCAGGCAGAUCUCAGUUGCCUUACGAGCGAUUGCCUUCAUAUUUAAGUCUAAAUGAAGAGUUCUACGACAAGGAUUUAAGAACAUCAAAUGGAAACUCUCUUAUGUCUCAACGUACAAAACAAUGCCGUAUGGAGACUUGUUUCGACUUUACCAGAUGCAAGCAAGGUUUCACGGUAUAUGUAUACCCAGUCGAGGAUGUGAUAAGUCCGCUAUACCAAAAAAUAUUAAACGUUAUUACGGAAUCAAGAUAUUAUACUUCGGACCCGACUCGAGCAUGUAUAUUUGUAUUAGCUUUGGAUACAUUGGACAGAGAUCCAUUGUCUACAGAAUUUGUGCACAACCUUCCUGCGAAAUUGCUGCGAUUACCGUACUGGAACAAUGGAAGAAAUCAUUUAAUAUUUAAUUUGUAUUCUGGAACAUGGCCUGAUUACGCGGAGGAGGCCCUAACCUUCGAUUUAGGAUACGCGAUGCUUGCGAAAGCUAGCAUGUCCAUCUUCAGGCAUAGACCAAAUUUUGAUAUCUCUAUACCAUUAUUUGGAAAGCAACAUUCGGAACGCGGUGGAGAACCAGGUCAAGCUUUAGAAAAUAACUUUCCUAAUAAUAAAAAAUACGUCGCAGCUUUCAAGGGUAAAAGAUACGUCCAUGGCAUUGGUUCGGAGACUAGAAACGCUCUCUAUCAUUUACAUAACGGCAAAGACUUGGUGUUCGUCACGACUUGUCGUCACGGCAAAGCAUGGAGAGAAUUACAAGAUGAACACUGUCAACAGGAUAAUCAGGAAUAUGAUACAUACGAUUAUGAAAUUUUAUUGAUGAAUGCUACCUUUUGUCUCGUACCACGAGGAAGAAGACUCGGUAGUUUUCGUUUUUUAGAAGCUUUAAGAGCUGGGUGUAUUCCAGUUAUCUUAAGCAAUGGCUGGGCACUUCCUUUUCACGAACGUAUCGAUUGGACACAAGCCGUUAUAUUUUCUGACGAAAGACUGUUACUUCAAAUACCAGAUAUAGUACGAUCUGUGUCCAAUGUACAGAUACUUAAAUUACGGCAGCAGACACAAUUCCUUUGGGAACGAUACUUCUCUUCUAUAGAAAAAAUCGUAUUUACAGUAUUCGAGAAUAUUCGCGAGCGUUUACCAUGGGAAGGUACUAGAGAAAAACUUGUUUGGAAUACUAGUCCUGGAGCGUUAACUAUAUUACCGCAAUUCGCCGAUAGUCAGCAAGAACUUCCAUUUUCGAAGAGUAAUCCGGGUAAUACCUUCACUGCCAUAAUCUACUCGCAGUUAGGAUCUACUGCCGUUCUUUAUCGUCUGCUUAAAAGUGUCGCAAAAAGUAAAUACAUAGAUAGGAUUAUUCUAAUGUGGAACUCGGAUAUUCCGCUACCAAGAAGGCCACGUUGGCAAGGGAUCAAAGCAUCGAUACACAUCGUUACGGUCGAUGGUAUAUCCCAACGUUUCUCUCCUCACCCGUUAAUCAAAACUAGUGCCAUAUUAUCGCUAGACGAAGAUGCCACACUCAAUACCGACGAGAUUGAUUUCGCCUUUACCGUUUGGCGAUCGUUUCCUGAUCGAAUAGUUGGCUACCCAGCAAGAUCGCAUUAUUGGGACGAUUCUAAACGUUCGUGGGGCUACACAAGCAAAUGGACAAAUGAUUAUAGUAUAAUUCUAACUGGUGCCGCCUUCUAUCAUCGUUAUUAUAAUACGUUGUACACCGAAUUACUGAGUUCGACCCUUCAUAAGACUGUUGAACAGUCGCAGAAUUGCGAAGACAUACUUAUGAAUUUUUUAGUAAGUCACGUCACUCGAAGACCACCCAUCAAAGUGACACAAAGGAAAUUGUAUAAAGAUACUACUGUGGCUGGAAUCAGAUCGCCUUGGAACGAUCCAGACCAUUUCAUACAACGGCAAACGUGCAUGAAUACGUUCGUAGCCGUUUUCGGUUACAUGCCGUUAUUGCGAUCCAACAUGAGGCUCGACCCUGUUCUGUUCAAAGACUCUGUAAGCAACUUGCGCAAGAAGUAUAGGCAAAUUGAAUUAGUUAGUAAUUAGAAUUAUACAGGAUAUUUUAUCAGUUACGCAGUUAUCUACCCUUGAGACGAGCAUCCUAUAUAGCCUCGGAACAUUUCGAAACGAUAGUGGUGUAAAUUGCUGUUACGGCCGCGUGCGCGCACACGCGCGGCUAAUUCCAACCUAUAGGGAACAUUGUGAGUUUGCCAAUUACCAUGUGCAACUAUCGCAAUCCUGCGAUCACGCCACCAGCUCGUUGGUGGAUGAAGAUUAACCUUCGUUCGCAAGGAACGGCGAUACUUUGCGCUUUUAUGUAUUCGCGAAUGAAUUUUGUACAAACUAAUUAGGGUUAUCCUAUAUCGUUUAAAUACGAAUCGGGCCACGACGCGCAUCUUGGCAUAUGCGAUCGCCGUUAUAUAUUGAUGUACAUACGAAUCGUUUCAUAGUUAUUAAUAAAACGAGCAAAAUAAUAAAAAAAAAAAAGGAAAAAAUAAGGAAAACAUUAUUCGACGAGUUCUUCGACUUUUAAUGCCGGCCUUUGAUGCUACGCAAGUUACUGUAAUCGUAGUCAAUUGAUCGCUCGACAAAAAGAAAAUUGAAUUAUUACCAAACGCUUACUUUCUAUCCUUCGUUGUCACUGGGGCUGGCACCAUCUAUCAAAGUCCGUUAUCAUUAGACUGCGGAUCUUUAUGCAAAAUAAAAUCUUCGCGAUCGUUCCUACAAAAAUUGAACCUAAAUAGGAAUUUAUUUUAUUUUCCAAACGUUAUAACAUGAACUUUAUUAUCAAUAUUUUCUAUACUCUUGCAUAUUGUUUCCAUUUUGUAGUUUCUUGCACAUUCAAAUUUCCUAUAUAUGCAUAAAGAUUCGCAGUCUAGUUAUCAUUUGGAAAAAAUGAUGAUGUUACGCAACGUUUCUAUUUUGACAAGGAGAACCUGAUGUGUCUGUGUCUUUCAGUUUUAUCAGUUUUAAACAGCUUCUUUUUUGCAGGCAUUAUAUUUCCAGCUCUAGGAAAAAGUAUUUUAAGGGGAAGAAGAAGCAUUUCGCUGGUUUUGCAAUGGUGUGAAAUGUAUAAUACAAUUUCUACCAUCGGAUCCAUAUUGUGUUCACACGUCAAUACAACAAUACUGAAGAGAUUUGAAUAGUCAUGCAUAAAUACUCACACAAUCACAGUAUUCGAAUACUCACGCAUAGCAAUAAUAAGCAACUCGAACAGUGCCAGCCCCUAGUCGUUUACAAACAUCUUUGCGCAAACCUCAGAGAUGAACAUUAUCCAUGUGAAAACGAAAGCUCGAAAUCCUGAACUGUCCGAGAGCUUUCGUGAAUCGUCUGUUUAUUUUUGCAUCUACACAUUUUUAAUUACACUCCGUCAAUCGACUAGUUUAAAGGAUCAUUGAUUAGCGUAAGGCACGGUCAUCGACGUGUACUAUUUUUUUCGCGUAAAUUGUUAAGCAGUCAACGUUCUUUCGACGAACGCGACCCUUGCGCGAUGGGAAUAUACACACGGUUUCUCAACGCGCAAAAGUUUGUAGUUUCGCUGCGCGCGCUCGUAGCGCAGAUUAUUCGUAAGUUGUAAUCAUGUACGUAGAAGGUAUUCCAAGGUUUUUUACGUACGUCUAUGUAUAAGAGCGCGUAUGUUAAAUUUCUGUUCCAUUUAGCGAACACCUGUACAGCAGCUUCUAUAUCGAUUCCGUGUACAUUUCGUCGGUUCCGUUUGCAUUUUAACGAGCUCUCGGGAGACUUUUAAGAGGAAGUAAGAAAUUACUUGUGACAAUAUCGCAAGUACGUCUAGUCGUUCACGUUCGUUUACAUUGGUACGCACCGAAGGAAAAGCAAACAAUAUUCGCAUUAAAGGUGAAACCUCCUACUCCCCCCUCUACCGCCCCUCGAUGCCGUGUAUUUGUGUUUCCACGACGUACGCAAAAGAUAUAAUGUGUACAUAUAUGUAUAUGUAUAUGUGAUACGUUUAUAAUUAUCAUGUGAUAUAUUCGUAAUCAUCGGAGAACAGGAUUCAAAAGGAUUUUGUAAUUCCACGCAAUGGCAUUUUUCUGUCGCGAUAAAAACACACACACAUACACACACACACAUACGUUGUGCGUUAUAUAUAAUAUAUAUGUUAACGAGAAAUGUUAUAUUUUUUAUCGUAUCGCUGAUUUCGCUACACGAAGGGUAAGCAGGAACGAAGAAUCGUUCUUUUUCCAAGAAAUGUUCUUUCUUUAUUCGAUAGGUAUUAUAAUAUCGUAGAAUUAUUUUUUCACUUUACGAUAAUUGGUAUUACUCGCUUCUUUUUUCCUGCGAACUCUUCGGGCCCUUUGAAUGUAAUUACGUACGGGACUGUGCAAAAACGAUCGCUUUUGCUCCGAACAAAAGGUACUCGCGAUAGUGUUGCGUUUGUUACGGUACCAAAAAUGACAAAAAAAAAAUAAUAAUAAUAAUAAUAAUAAUAACAUUAUUUUUAAUUCUAACAGAAGGGUAUUUUAACAUUGACGUAGACAGUUGGACAUUACUUAGCGAAUCGAUGGUUUUUCAUUAAUCGGAUGCAGAACGUCGAUGUAAUCUUGUUGCGUCAGAAUAACAUGUAUUUGAACAAAUAUGAAUGAUUUUAUAUGGCCAAGAGAAUAAAGUUUUUAUACAAACCCACGAUCCACCUUCUCGUCGGUAGUCUUUUAACGAAGUGUCUUUUAACAUAGUCUCUAUCGAGCGAUAAAUAAAGUCGAAAGAAAUUAACGAAAGAUAUCAAAGACCUUGGGACGUCCUUGGCGCUUCUAUUCUCUAGAAACCGAAAAGGCGUCACCCGCGUUACGUCCCCGCCGGGUAAUCAAACCACUUCUGCCUCGAACAUUCUUUUCUACCCUUGAAAAUAAACGAGUUACCAGGCUACCUGUCUUGAACGCCCCACCCUGUAUUUUUAUACUUUCGUUUUUAGAUUGUGCGACUCCGAGACAGACUCUGAACAAAGGCGGAUCGUUUCGACAUAUCAAUUACUCUACACGCGCAAAUGUAGAUCGCUUUCGAGAAUUCACGAGCCCGGUUCGAAUUUAAACAAAUUUCCAAAAAUAUGGUAUUCAUUGCGAGUCUUUAAAAAAGUUGUAAAUUAGUGAAUUUCGUAGAUUUGUAAUAAGUAAUCGAGCGGAUUUUUAAUUUCCGAUUUUUAUAAAUUUCUGAACGAACUUGAAAGUCUAAGUUCAUUUUAUAAUCGUAAGAAAUAUGCACAUCUGUAGAUUCCACUCGUGAGAAUUCAUAAGUCCUUACCGAUUGUAAACCAAUUUCCAAAAAUACGAUAUUUAUUGCGAGUCUUUAAAAAAGUUGUAAAUUAGCGAAUUUCGUAGAUUCGUAACAAAUACUCGAGCAGAUUUUUAAUUUUCCAUUUUUAUACAUUUCUGGACGAAGUUUAAAAUUUAAGUGCAUUUUAUAAUCGCAAUAAAUGUGAACAUUUUCGUAUUACACGCGCGAGAGUUCAUAAGUCUUUAUCGAUUGUAAACGAAUUUCUAAAAAUAUGGCAUUCAUGCGAGUCUUUAAAAAAUUUGUAAAUUAGUGAAUUUCGUAGAUUUGUAAUAAGUACUCGAGCAGAUUUUUGAUUUCCGAUUUUUAUAAAUUUCUGGGCGAACUUGAGAGUCUGAGCGCAUUUUAAAAUCGUAAGAAACGUGCACAUCUGUGUAU